GAAAGGGAGAAAAGUGUAUUUAAAAGAAAUAAAAAUAAAACCAUGCAAUCGUUCAAAGAUUUGUCAAGAAUAACUUACAGAAGAAACAUAUUUCGCCGGUUUGAGUUUUACUGUUCUCAUCCACAAGACACACUUGGACCUCCAGGAAGAUUGAAGAGAUAUUUAGUUAACAAGUUUGUAAAGACAAUUGAAAAAUGUGAAAAAUUUGUAGAAACUAACAAUCCUGCAGCAUUUAAAUUUUACAAGACUUUUAAAGUUGGAUUUAAUGAUUUAUUAGGGGAUACGAAGACAUAUUAUCAAGUUAGUAAAGAUAUUUGGUAUAACAACAGGGAACUACAUACAUUUUCCCGUAAAGAGCUUGUAAUUUAUCAACAGAUGCCAAGUGAGAUGAUAAAAGCAGCCCCUAUGCUAUUAGUAGCAAUGAUGCCUGGUGCGUUUGUUAUCUUUCCAACCAUAUUACCUGUGGCUUACCUUUAUCCGAAAUUAUUAUUGACAAGUCAUUUCUGGACAGAAGAAAUAAAAACAGAAGUAUACAAACAAAGACAUAAAGAUAGAAUAAAACAUUUGCCAAUAAUUCUAGAUCAUAUGGAAAUAGCAUGUAGACAUAUACCUCAUACAGAUUAUAAACUUAAAAUGGAGCAAAUAUUUCAGAAACUAGAAAAUUCCUUGCAUCCUACAGUUGAAGAAAUAUUAGAAGUAAAGCCAGUAUUUGAGACUUAUAACUUUAAGGCAGAGAAAUUAUCAUUUGCCUUUUCUAGACAUCUUGCCAAAACAUUUGGUUUUUCAUUACGUAGAUCAAAGUUAGUACAGGAAGGACUGUUAUUACUGCAUACAGACCGAGCUAUUGUCAGGGAGGGUUUUAACUCUAUGACUGAGGAGGACAUCAACAUGUCAUGUCUAAGUAGGGGAUUAAAUCCCUAUGGAAUAAAGAGAGAUGAAAAAGAAAAUUAUUUAGAAUCUUGGACUCAGAUCAGUAAAGAAGUAGAUGAACACAGUAUGUCCUUGUUAUUACACGGACCAGUAUUAUUAGCUUUAAAUCAUCCAUCUAAUAGACAUAUACUUGGCGGUCAAAAAUUCAGAUGGAGGCGGAAAAAGAAAAAAGAAGUAGUUUGAAUCCAAACAUCUAAGUACAAGACCACACGACACGUAAAAAGACCUGCUGUGACUGAAGAGAUCUAUGAUGAUGGAAGCUGUCUUAUUUUGUUCUUUGUCUUUAAACAUUUACAUACUAAGACAACUCAGAUCAUGGUUAUGACAAAUACAUAUUUAAGAGACAGUGGCUAGAUUUUCAAGGAUUACUGUUAUUGCUGUGAUAUUAUUUUACUGUUGCAUUUGGUAUGUUCAGUAAAGUAAAGUAAAUCAGUGUUUCUACAUGAUGUUAACAACAUAAAAAGGCCUGCUGUGACUUUACAGAUCAUAUUCUUUUUCCCUGUCUUUCAAUGUUACUAUGCUUAGACGAGUAAGGAGAUUGUUUGUUAUGACAAAUAUAAAUGCAAAAGACUUUAUAUUGAAUUUGGUAUGUCCAGUCAACCAAACAAAAAACAUUUUUUGUAUAAAAUGUUGUUUUUAUUUGUGAAUCAGAAAAAAGGCAUUAUUUGUGAAGCAGUGAGUGAUAAAGAAAAACAUACAAAAUAGCAUCCAUAGUUUAAAGAUAUUGAAAUUACCAUUUUAGGGACAUUUUGGAGUAUUGCAGGGACUUACUAACAGUUCUGCUUUAAAAGUUGAUGGACAAAUUAAAAAAUCAUUAUCAUAAAGUGGUUGGUUUACUUUUAAAACAACUUUAUUGUUAAUCCCAGAUGGCCACUGUAAAUAUAUUUAUAAGAUGCAAUUGAACUUACUAUUAACAAAUCAUAAUUUAAAUUUUAUUCUAUAUUCAUUUUCUAGCCAGUUGAUAAAGGCUGAGCUCAAAUAAUUGCCAAAUGUGCAGAUGAAUAAUGAAAUAUUUGUUUCCUUAAGAUAUCUGAAUGUGUUGCGUUUUUUUGUUGACUCAAAGAUUCAGAAUUUAAAUAUAUUUUUUUCUGCUUUAAUGACAAAAUCUUUUAUGUUUUUGAUUUUGAAACAAGCCUGAUUUUAUGUCAUAAUAUUGAUUAU